AUGGCUCAAUUGAAAUCAUUAUUAUUGGCUUUGGCCACAUUUUUACCUAUAUGUAAAUCACUCCCACUAAGCAAUAAUUUUGGCUAUGAUCACUUCAAAAUUGUAGAUAAUUUGCAUGGUUUACACGAUGCUGCUGAUCUUCUUGAGUGUUCAAAAUAUGAACAAUAUGCAUUCUUUCCAAUUGUAGAAUUUUCUAGAAAUGAUAGUAAUUUUUCUGUAAAACCACUCACAUCAGUACUUUUAAGUUCACAGUUUUUUGCAAUAGUUGAAGCUAUAGCAGGAACUAGUGGGAAUUUUAUUAAGGACUCUAUUGUUGGACCUUCAAUUGCUCGUGCUAUAGAUUCAAUAAAGGAAAUGGAUCUUGAAUUGCUAGUUGGCACAUUAAAUAAUAUUGAUACUUCACACCAGAAACAAAUCUUUCUAGCUUGCCAAUAUGGUACAUACCCCAAUCUAAAUAACUAUUUUCGAAAUAAUUUUUGUGAAUAUUUAGGAUUUAGACAGGAGGAGAAACAUAUCUCAAUAAGUGAAGGCAAAAUUUGCAAUUAUUUAAAGAUAAAUUUUUUAAAUUAUAAGGAGCACAAAUAUUUCAACACUGUUGGAAGCUUAACUGUUCCAAUUCUUAACACCAAAUAUAGAAGCGAUAUACCAGCUAGAUUACUUGGUAAUUUAGAUUUUAUUAAUAAUAAUUAUUAUGGAAAUACUCCUAGCUAUCCAAUAUUAUCAAAAGAAUUUGAUUUGCUACCAUACAUUAAUUUUGGAUUUGAUUUACUGGAUACUAGUAAUAAUAAAUAUUGGGGCUUAAUUAGGCUUAUCCCUCCCAAGUCAUUUUGGGAAAAAGAUUUGGCAAUUGGCUUAUUAAAAGUACAAAGUAACACAGAAAGUCAAGACAUUAGUAAUAUUACUACCUUGGAAAUGAAUGAUAUACAAACAUGUACAAAAUAUGAACAACCAUCUCUCUAUACAGAAUCAGAUACAUAUAUUGUAAUGGAGUCACUUCUAAGUAGUAAUAUAACUGUAAAUAAGAACUUAAUAUCAUAUAUCAAGAUAAAUAUGGCUAAGGUUGAAAAGUGUAGUGGAGGAUGGAAUAUAAUCUUAUAUUUUAAGAAAAAAGUCGACAUAGUUGCAGCUAAAAUAAAUAUGAUCGAUAAAUUUAAAGUGCUUCAGUAUAAUCAAAGUUAUGAGGAUGAUUCGAAUACACAAUAUAAUUAUCAAUAUUAUACAAAGUUACCUUGUGAACGUUUAGGCGUUGCUUACUUUAUUGUGAUGAAAGAUAAUGAUAAUAAGUAUAUUAAAUAUUCCUUUACAUGUGAUAAAACUUUAAUUAAUACUACAUUUCCAAUAUUAGAAAUAUUAAAAAAUGUUAUUGUUGAUAAAUUUACAAAUCAGAAGAAUAUAGGAAAGCAUCUAUAUAUUUAUUUAUUGCAAAUCUUAUCAUUUUCAUUUAAAACUGUAAUGAAUAUUAUAGUUAUAUUUAUAUAUAUUGCUAUAUUACUACUUAUUAUAUAUAUUGUUCUACUAAUACUGAAAAAAUUUAACUUUUCAAUAAUAGAAAAUUUGUACAUAAUGGAAGAAAUAUCUCAAACUAAUCUCAAAGUAAUAAAUGGACAACUCAUUAAUACUCAAAUGGUACAAUAUACUAUAUCUAAUGAUCUAUUACCAAAUCUGGAUAUUGAUGGAGAAGAUCCAAACUUUUCAUUACAAUCUUCCUAUAUUAGUAUACCAGGUAAUCAAUCAACUUCUUUAACAAAUACGGACUUAAUAUCUGCAGAAUCAAAUAUCAGACCAAAUUCUAGACUUGAUAAUUACAGUUCAUCUCCAUCAACAUUUACAUCAAUAUCAUUUACUUCAUUUAUAUUUAUUUAA